UACAGUUAAAGACACAUUUUACUAGCACACUGCUUCUAAAAUACCAGAACAACUUAAAAAAAAAAAGUUUCUGGGGGCAUUUUUAAUCCACACAUUUGCCUCAUGGCUACAGAAAGAUUUCUCUGACAAGGGAAGCAUGUCAGGAAACUCUGAAUGCCAGUUUUAUGCCUGGAUAAUUGUAGCCUUUUUGGGGUUAGCUCUGGUUGUAUCACUGAUCUUCAAUAUUUCCCACUAUGUGGAAAAGCAGCGACAAGGUACCAUGUACAGGUACUCUGAAGACUACAUUCCCAGGGAGGAUGACUAUUAUAUUGAAGAUACACCAAUUUAUGGUAACUUAGAUGACAUAGUCCCAGAACCAGUGGAUGAAAAUUGCUAUGAACAAAUGAAAGCUCAACCAGAGAGAUAUACAAAUGAACUGCAAGAAGCCACCCCACCUGCACAGGCAACUGAGGAACCACAGAUGUUCUAUGCCUCACUGGAUCACAACUGUAAGGGGAAGCACAGGAAGCCCAAGAAAGAGAAUAGUUAUUUGUUAGACAAGGAUGAAGAUGAGCAGUUACAUGCUGUGGAUGCCAGCCUUUCUAAAAUCACUUCAGUAGACAAUUUCCCACUUGAGAGCCAGGAAAUAGAGGAAAAUGUUCAUGAUGAUCCCAUCAGACUGUUUGGAUUGAUUCAUGCAAAGAGAGAAUCUAUAAACUAGCUGGACUAUGAUCUAGCUCAAUAAUCCCACUCUUAUUGGAGAUGUUUAAAAAAAAAUCCCUAUAUGACACAAGAUUUGGGAGGGUGACGAUCUAAAUCAUUUGUUAGUGGGAUGGUGGCUUACCUCUUAUCCAGAGCUUAUGUUCUUGCAAACUAAAUG